AUGGAAUCCUCAAGGACGGUCAACUAUACUGUCGAGGAACCCGCCUCGACAUCGGUAAAUCCCACUGGAACACCUCGCAAUGAGUCGCCUGAAAACCCAUUCGCAACUCCCAUUGCCGCGACACCAGUUGCGCCCUCUCUGACGUCCCGACGAGCGACGUAUGUCCGAACUGCCUCGACAUAUGAGAUCGCAGGGCCGCGUCGGCGCUUCAAGAGCAGCCGACUCAUUGGCGAUUUCGAGAAGCCAUGGCUCAACAAGUCGAAGAGGGAGAUCAACUGGGACGGCAUCAUCUUCUACACUUCCGUUUUCAUCGGUCUCGCCAUCGGCGCAUACCUUUGCUGGCAUGCCACUCGUGGAGUGCCUAACCAAGAUGCUGACGGAGAGGCGCAGUACUGCAUGAUUAUGGACGAUCACUUCGAGAACAUGGACAAUUGGAACUACGAGGUGCAGAUGAAUGGAUUCGGUACCGGGUCCUUCGACUGGACCACCAAGGACAAGGCCAAUUCGUACGUCGACGCCGAGGGGCUGCACAUUGUGCCAACCAUGACGCUCGAGAGCACCGAUAUCACGUACGAGCAGCUAGUCAACGGCCACACAGUCAACCUGACGACGGAUGGCCGCGCCGACGGCAAAUGCACCACGGACCAGACGCAGGCCGACGACCUGGACGCGCGAUAUCCCUGUGCGGCCGUCAGCAACGCGACCAAGGGCCAGAUCAUCAACCCGGUGCGGUCGGCGCGGCUCAACACGCGAGGCAAGAAGACGAUCCGGUACGGCCGCGUCGAGGUGACGGCGCGCAUGCCGCGGGGCGACUGGCUGUGGCCGGCCAUCUGGAUGAUGCCGCAGGACAACGUCUACGGCGAGUGGCCCAAGUCGGGCGAGAUUGACAUCAUCGAGAGCCGGGGCAACGACGCGCAGACGUACGACAUGGGCGACAACCUCGUCUCGUCGGCCCUGCACUGGGGCACCGCCUCGAUCAACGAUCGCUGGCGGAGGAGCUAUGGCGAAUGGGGCGGCAAACGAGUCCGCUACAGCGACAAGUUCCACACGUACGGGCUGGAGUGGAGCGAGAAGUAUCUCUUUACCUGGCUCGACGGCCGGCUUCGGGUGAGUUGCAGAGCGUGUUGUGAUGGUUCUUGUGGUGGAGUUGCAAGCUCUGUUUCUGCUUCUGCUUCUGGCGCAGCGCGGCGACUCCUCUUCCCCCCAGACCUCUUCCAUUGCCCCCACGACAAGUUCCCGUCCGCGCCCUUGGAUCCGGGCGACGAUGCGGCUCGCUGUUGCACACUUUUCCCAGCUACCGUUUACACUACGCAAUUGAAUCGAGAGAGGACUCUGCUAACCCCAGCCGUCAAUCUGCAGCAAGUCAUCUUCUUCGACUUUACCAAGAACAAGAACCUGUGGACGUACGGCGAGUUUGCCGGGUCGUCCGUCAACGGUUCCGUGCCUGUCGAUCCCUGGAGCAGCACGGGACGCGCCAACACGCCCUUCGACCAGUCCUUUUUCCUCAUCCUCAACGUUGCCGUCGGUUCCACGAAUGGCUGGUUCCCCGACGCCGUUGGCGGCAAACCCUGGGCCGACAACAGCGAGACCCCCAUGCGCGACUUUUGGAAGUCCAACUCGACUUGGUUGCCGAGCUGGGGUCCCAAGGAGGAGCGUGGCAUGGUCAUCAAGUCGGUCAAGAUGUGGCAGGAGGGAAAGUGCUAA